CUCUGUCGAACGAGGGUCUACGAUUGAUCGCGGGUCUACAAUUUCGAAACGUCACUCGUCUCGACGUUUGUCUAGAGGACCAGCGACAACGUGGGCUCUGAGACCGCCCGGACUUGACAUAGAGCGGUCCUUCGAAAACUUAACGAGUGGAAUAGAUCAUGGUGAGGAUCAUGAUGGUGGAGGAGAGGAAGUGGAGAACGAUAAGCAUAGGGAAGCUCAAGCUGCUGCGAAUAAGAGUUCAUCAUCUAGCAAGAAAGUAUGGCUGUGAUCUUGAUCGAAGUUGGUGAUGAUAGAUUGAUUGCAGCAUCAUGUAGAAAAUGUGGAGUAUGACGGCCAUCCUAAAGAUACUUGCUGUUAUUGAAAAACUAGACUUUGAAGAAUUUUGAUGUUGUAAAACGUUGACGAAAUCAUGAUUAGGAUGUGAGACUGUUGAAACUGAUAAUGUUGAUGGGAACAUCUAAGAUUGUGACUGAAAUAUUGAGAAAGAGGUUUAAGGAAAUUCAAAAUUGAGUUUGACUGUGGAUUUCAUAUUUGAAUUUUAGAUUCGAAUUUGAAUUCUCGAAAAAAUGGUUUUUUAUCGCCCAGUAAUUAAAUUCAUUUCCUGAGGGUCCCCUUUCAUUUCGUUUUUUCUGAGCGUAGUUUUUGCUCGUUUUUCACUCGUAUCUAGGACUAGAAGAUUAUCAUGAUACAGUUGAUGAUAGCUAUUCUUGGAGAUUGUUGAAGAUGGUAUAACUCCCUAGUCAUGUUGUGGAAGUUGUUUCCAAUGCUAUUGAUGGUUUUGAUGAUUGACUUGAAAUUCCUGACCACGAUGAUGAGGUUGAUUCUGAUUGAUACAGAAAGAAUGUGAAUCACGAGGAAAUUACUCGCUGGCAGUCUAAACUUUGAAUAACUUCGAAGAAAAAAGUAAGUAUACAGCUGAUAGAUGUACCGCCGUAGUCUGCAUAAUGUGAAAACAUCAUAUUACACCAACUACGACGGCUCUAAACAAAGGCCCACGCACUCAAUUGGACGAUAUGGAAGCAUUAAAAAGCAUUGACCCUUACGUAUUCGAUUCCCUCGUUUUCUCAGACGCUCAUGCAGUGGUGCUCGAAACCAACUUGGAAAUUCUCUCGAUCAAUCUCGUAACAUCCGAGUCGGGUGACGAGUUAUUGAAAGCAAAGUUCGUCCUGCGCUUCUAUUGGAACGACCCACGAUUAAGCCUUGAUGCAAUUCAUUUCCAAAGGUCAUUUUUCUCCUGUUAGUUUCCGUCUUUGGGUUGCAAAGAAAUGAAAGGAAGAAGUGAGUUAUUUUGAGCCCUAACACGACUGGCUGACUGGCCUGACGAUACAGAUGCGCCUGUGAAUAUCUGGCGACCUGAGCUGGGGAUGCUAGAUGGCGUUAAGAAUACUUACGCCGAGGAAAACAAAGCAGCCAUAUCAGCCCAACAAGCGGCAGCGCAAGCAUCAGCAGCAGGCGACGAGGAAGAAGAAGACAAUGAGGACGACGAAAAUGAGAAGAAUGACGCAGCGGGACAGGGUAGAGGAGGAACAGCAUCUCCUACAGAGGAUGUUUAUGGAAAAAGGAAAUAUGAUUUUCUACAACCGCACUGACUGCAACAAAAACGAUCAUCAUCGUUGAUUUUGACGAGCUGCAGUACUAAAUUGUAACAGACUCAUACUAAAAUGUGUCUAACAAAAUGCACAGGCCGACGAAGCUACAACUUCAUCAAAUGUAAAGCGAGAGCAGACUGGUGAGGCUGCCAGUAGCACAAGCGGCACAGUGGCAUCAAGUGCGAAGCGAAGUAAACUCAGACGGCGUAACUCCGAGUCAUCUAUAGUGAUAACGAAUCCGCAUGCCGAAGUACCUCUACCACUCUUCCACAAUGGAAACCAAGGGCGCAAAGCUGGACGUUUGAUGUUGGAAUUUCCUUUAGUUAUGCUGCAGAGCUGAAGUUUUCCCUGUCACUCUCUCUUUCUUCUAAGUAGAUCAUCAAUCACUCUCUCUUUCUCCUAGAUCGCCAAUCAAGCUUCUAAUCCUCAAACCGACAACGUAAACAUGCUAGAGGAUCCAACCCGGAUGAAGCCAUUUUUAAGGCUAAUUCGUCACCAGCCCAACAUGAUGUGGACUGUGUAUGCUGAGUGGAAGCCCUCUUGAUUCACAGGGGAAAAUAGGGGCAAAGAGGGGAACUCACACAACUACCAGGCACAGUGAAAAACUAGAAGCGUUAACAUUCCCUUUUGAUAAAUUGCGCCUCGAUUUCGCGGUGAUACUUGCUGGCGAAAAACGUGUCGAGAGCGCAGAUCAAGUCUGUUUCUUCUGGGGUCCACCUGAUUUAAAAGGACACCAUCUGGCGGUACAUGCGCAGAUUAUGUUGUUCGUGGGAUGCUUAAUAAACAAAUAUGAUCUACUUGAUUGUUCGGCCUCUACUUCUGCCUAGUUGUAACAGUUAAUUUGAUAACGCACCAGAGUUGUUCGACUUCGACUUCGUUUAGAAGUCUUCUAAAGAUAUCUUCCUCUAAUCUCACAACCAUCGCUGAGUUCGCACUAUCCGCAGUUUCCUACGCCAAGGCUAUACAUGCGAGUCCGAUGACUGGACAGAGGUACGAGGAUGUGGCAUUCUCUUUGCAUUUUAGGCGUGUAGUGGUGUACUACCUGCAUAAGGGCAUGAUGCCGUUGGGAGCUUGUGUGUUUUUCGGUCUUUGCAGCUACACAAUUUCGCCUGAGGAGCUAGCGGGACGUUUGCAGCUGCUGGUGGCGAUUUUUCUGACCUGCUUUGCGAUUCAGUGGAUCAUCACGGAGAGGUACAAGACGUUUUUUAUUUGGAUGGUAAUCUUCAUGUAGGACCAGGACGGAGCAACUGGUGCUUGGUACGCGGAUCUAAGGCAGGUUCGACGAAUCUUGAUUCAACAUCUGGGCAAGAAAAGGCGAGAUCAUACUAGAAGGCAAUGAGUGUUGCGGGUUCUUCAGCUGCUUGUGGCAUCGCGUAUUUUCGCUCAUUUCAGGUUACCUCGCGUACCCUACUUGACUAUUUUGGAUCACAUGGUCUUUGGCGCUGUGAUGAGCUUAUGCUGGAGUGCAGCUGGGUCGUGCCUCGCCUAUGCUGUUGGUGCAGGUUCAGGGUUCUAUUCCAACGUUGCCUACGACUUCGAUAUGCGAGCUGCGAGGUCAGUGGAUCUCCUGACUUUAUUCUCCCUCAUAGCUUUACAAAUCUCUUGGGCAUUUGCGAUUUACGUUUCGCGCAUUUUGGGAGGCUUUUCAAAUUUUGUCAGCUCGUUACCUUGUCUCCCAAGAUGUUGCAUACAUCCUCUUUUAGCCUGUUGCAGUUUGCCGUUUUGGUGUUGGGCGAUGAUUGGCAAGGCAUUGCGGAAGGUAAGGGGAUGCUGUGGAACAAUCAUGUUGAUGUUCGCGAGUGGCUUUAACUUCAAGGUGGACCCAUCUGGUCGCAGUGGUAGUGGAAGUGUACAGAAGAAAUCAACAACUACUGAGGAACCCGCUCCUCCAGCGUCGAAGAAGAAGAAAGCAAAGCGAUUAACGCGAUUUGGUACACGUGCUUGGGCAGAUGGCCAUGGGCCGAAGGCGGACUUUAUGAUGAUACAGCCUAUGCAAAGUUUUGUGGCAACACCCAAUGCAGAGGGGAUAUUUGGCGAUAGUGCAGAAGAAUGUCUGCUUGGUGUGCAGGGAAUGCCGUUUGACACCGAACAUGUACAGGAUUUUUGAUCAAAAAAUGGUGAUGCUCUGACGGAAUCGUUGGAUGCGGUGAUGCUCUGACGCAUCCGGAUGGUGAUAUCCUUCAACAAAUCUUUCAGUUGCUGAUUCUUCUAUUUGUUCUCUGUAGUAUCUGUAAAAAUCACGACCAAAACCAUGUUGAGCUUCAACGAAGGAAGUACCUAAC